CUACAUAAGGAAUUUCACAGGCAGGACAUGUUUAAAUUUCAUCCCAGGACCAUUCUCAGUAGUACUCACCUGAAAAAAGCCAAGCAUAAUUACGAAAAGCUUACUCCCCUCUCCCGAACACAAACCAGAGCAUAACGAGAAGCAUCGGAACAAAUUCCACAGGAAAAACAAAUCGAGCGAGUUCAGGAAGAGCUAGAAAUAAACAGAAACACCCAAUUCUUAUUUCUCAAGCAAUAUAGCAUACUCUGCUAAAUACAACUGAGAAUCGAGCAACUGUAACUUACCGACAGCCCCGCCGACAGCACCGCCAACGGCGACACCGGCAGUCACACGAGCCAAGCAACUAUCUCUUGCCAUUUCGUGACCUGAAACGCUCUACUUGAUCUCCAAAGUUGACACCUUCUUCAACCUCCCGCUAUCAAACCUCGUUGGAUGGCAGUCCGAUCAAUUUCACUGCCCAAAUCGACGCUUUAGGGCAACAGAGUUCAGACGAUAUAUGAUAUGAGAAGACCAAGGGAAAACCUUAUUGGGCCGAAUUAUUCGGAACUGGUUAUUUUUCCGUUGGGCAAACAUAUUGGGCCGAAAAUGUAAGCCCAUAUGUUAAGUUUUUUUCCGCAAAAUUUAUUACGGUUUCGGAAUUCGGAUUAGGUGAGGAGAGGACUGAGCAGGUCUCUCGUUAUUUGCAACGAAUCGAGAGGUCAAUAAAAUCUAUCAGCCGGAGGAGAGUCGCCCCCAGGGACCCCGUUUCCGUCGACCGCCCACCGUUUUCCGGCCAGACAGUGAGCAGAGCUGAAUUUUUUUCACGGUUGCAGCAUCAAGAGAACGUAGAAUUUGAACCAACAGGGUCAAUUAGGAUCUAGGAGUUUCCCGUCUCCGUAAUUUCUUCCUCCUCGCAUUUCGCUCCUCCGGCGACAAUGGACAACGAAGUGGAUCCGUUUCCAGGUCACAAGCGCUGCGGUUACCUCUGCGCUGUCCUCGUCGCUCCCUCGUCGGCGGAUCCCCUUGCGUUUCUCUCUCCCUGCCGCCUUUUCGCCGACGGCAAUCGCGUCGGUUUCGUGACUGAGCAGCACAACGUUUUUCUGUCAAUGGUCUCAGAUUCCAGAAUUGAGCCGCAAGUAACUACUUCAGGUGCAGGGGCGGUUGAGGAGACAGAAAUUGGAUCCAAAGGCGGGGUUACGAGGCGGAAUGAGAGUUCGGGAAGGAGGAAGGGCGGCGGCAAAAGUAGCCGCAAUGUGUCAGGGAAGAAGAGGAAGGUAGUUAGAGGGAUCGGAAUGGUGAAUGGAAGCUUGAGCGUUGUGCAUCAAAUUCAUGCUCUUGUGACUCACAAGUGUAUAAAGACUCAGGCGCGGGUAUUGCAGUCCGAAGUGCGGGAGAUUGGCGGCGAGGAGAGGUUGGUGGUGCUGGUGGACGUGUAUCUGCCGUCUGAGGUGUGGUCCGGGUGGCAGUUCCCCAAGUCUGGGCCGAUAGCCGGUGCUCUCUUCCGGCACUUGAGCUCUGAUUGGACGAAGAGAAGUUGGAUGCUUGCCAAUCGAGGAGCAUUAUCUGAAGAUAAUGGUAUUUGGAAUGUCUCUCCUUGUCAUGCUCUUGACUGCAAAGUACACUGCGAUAUCUCUGAUUCUCUUAAGAAGAAGAAGUUUAAACUGCAUGAAAUCUUUGCUAGUUUGCCUAGUUUGGGAGGCAGGGAAAACUAUGGUUCUUUGAGUCUGAAACCAGCAGAUGAUUGUCAUGAUUCUGGUAUUUGGGAUGUUGCUGAAGAUGUAUUGAUAAACAUUUUAUCACUUCUUGGUCCAUUGGAUCUUGUUAGAGUCGCUGCUACUUGUCAUCGAUUGAGAUCAUUGGUGGUAUCUAUCAUGCCGUGCAUGAAACUUAAAUUAUUUCCUCACCAGCGUGCUGCUGUUGAGUGGAUGUUGGAGAGGGAGCUGAAUGGUAGAGUAUCCCCACAUCCUUUUUUCAUGAAAUUUUCAACUGAAGACGGGUUUACAUUUUGUGUAAACACUGUCUCUGGUGAAUUAGUGUUAGGGGAGGCUCCCACUGUAAGGGACUUCCGUGGGGGUAUGUUCUGCGAUGAACCUGGCUUGGGAAAGACCAUAACUGCUCUUUCACUUAUUCUUAAGACACAAGGAAAAAUGGCAGACCCGCCAAAUGGAGUGCAAAUCACGUGGUGUACACAUAAUGAUGAUCAGAGUUGUGGCUACUAUGAGCUUACUGGUAACAACCUUGCUUCUAUGAGUACACCAUCUGGGAAAAGUCUUGCGAGCCAGAGUGCUCGCAGGGGUCAAUUAUCUUUGGAUGAGGUCACUCCUAUUAGUGAUGUGUCUUAUCCCCCCAAUAAAAGAAGAAGAUUAUUUGAUACUGUUGAAACACUAUCAACAAUAUCUCCCAUGUCCGGAAUCAUUGGGCAGCCUUCUAGAUGCACCAGAAGCAUGAGUUCCGCUAAGAAAAAUCUGUUAUUUGCUUAUGGGGAAGGAUCCGGUGUUUCUUCCAAAACGAAGGCAGAUAAAUUGAAGAAGAGGAAGCAUGCAAGUAACUCGCUUGUGAGCUGUGUAAAGAGUGCUGCAGCAAAUUGCCCUAUGUCUAAUGAGACUUGGGUUCAAUGUGAUUCAUGUGGAAAGUGGAGGAAGCUUCCAGCUUCCAUUAAUACUCUGGGUGCUGCAUGGUUCUGUAGUAUGAAUACUGACCCCACACAUCAAAGUUGUAAAGAUCGUGAGGAGUUAUGGGACAAAUCUGCAUCUGUGACAGAAAUGCUUGGGUUUCACAAGAGAGCAACUUCUGGGGCAAAAGACCAAAACAUUUCAUUUUUCAUUAGCGUUGUCAGGGAGCACUGUUCAGCAAUGAGCUCAAAAACGAAGAAAGCAUUGAUGUGGCUGGCUAAACUUCCUAUGGAUAGACUCUCUUUAAUGGAAACUGUUGGAUUGGCGAGCCCAGUUCUAGGAUCUGGUGCUGGAGAUGCUAUUGCUUUCCAUAAAAUCUUUCAAGCAUUUGGUCUUGUAAAGAGGAUAGUGAAGAAUGUUACUAGGUGGUAUUACCCUCCUAAUCUUGACAGCUUGAUAUUCGAUUUGGGUGCUCUCAGACUUGCUCUCUGUGAACCACUCGAUUCCAUGAGGUUAUACCUGUCGAAAGCAACUCUUAUCGUUGUUCCAGCAAACCUUGUAGAUCAUUGGAGAAAUCAAAUCCAGAAACAUGUCGAACCUGGGCAGCUGCGGGUCUGCAUUUGGACAGAUCAUAAAAGGCCUCCUGCCCACAUUUUGGCUUGGGAUUAUGAUGUUGUUAUUACAACGUUUAGCCGUUUAAGUGCUGAGUGGGGCCCAAAUAAACAAAGCCCUCUGAUGCAGGUGCAUUGGCUCAGGGUUAUAUUAGAUGAAGGACACACUCUCGGAUCUAGCCUGAAUCUAACAAACAAACUGCAGAUGGCAAUUUCCAUAAUGGCUUCCACUCGUUGGUUGCUAACAGGAACGCCAACAUCUAACAUUCCUAAUAGUCAGCUCUCGCAUCUCCAGCCAAUGCUUAAGUUCCUACAUGAGGAAGUCUAUGGGCAAAAUCAGAAGUCAUGGGAAGCUGGUAUCCUUAGACCAUUUGAGGCAGAGCAGGAAGAAGGUCGCCUUCGUUUAUUAGAAUUGCUACGCAGAUGCUUGAUCAGUGCUAGGAAGAAAGACUUAAAGAAUAUUCCCCCUUGCAUGAAGCAAGUAAUCUUCCUCGACUUCAAUGAGGAACACGCUAGAAGCUAUAAUGAAUUGGUGGUUACUGUCCGACGGAACAUCUUGAUGGCUGACUGGAAUGAUCCAUCACAUGUUGAGAGUUUACUCAAUCCAAAGCAAUGGAAGUUUCGAAGUGCAACUGUUAGAAACGUCAGGCUGUCUUGUUGUGUGGCUGGACAUAUUAAAGUGAGUGAUGUUGGUGAGGAUAUUCAGGAAACAAUGGAUCUCUUAGUUGGAAGAGGUCUUGAUCCCAUUUCCGAGGAGUAUGCCUUGAUAAAGUAUUACCUUCAGUAUGGCGGCCAUUGUCUCAGAUGCAAAGAAUGGUGUCGUCUACCUGUCAUCACACCAUGUAGGCAUCUUCUGUGCCUUGGAUGUGUCGCUUUAGAUAGUGAAAGGUGUACUUCUCCAGGAUGUACUUAUUUAUAUGAGAUGCAAACUCCUGAGGUAUUAACCCGUCCAGAAAAUCCAAAUCCCAAAUGGCCGGUCCCUAAAGAUCUAAUUGAGUUGCAGCCGUCAUAUAAACAGGAUGACUGGGAUCCAGAUUGGCAAUCAACAUCAAGUAGUAAAGUAGCUUACUUAGUGCAGAGGCUGAAAGCUUUGCAACAGGCUAAUACGGACAGCAGGCUCUGUAUUCACAAGACUAGCGAUGAGUCUGAGAUGAGUAGUUCAACUGGAGUAGUGCAACAGGAAGAUGGCCAACAGAAUUCUACAGCUUAUAAGAUUAUCCAAGACAAAGUGAUUAUAUUUUCUCAAUUUCUAGAACAUAUACACGUCAUUGAACAGCAGCUGACAUUGGCUGGCAUCAAGUUCACUGGACUCUACAGCCCAAUGCAUUCUCACAACAAGGUGAAAUCACUGGCCACAUUCCAGAACGACGCGGACUGUAUGGCUCUUUUAAUGGAUGGAAGUGCUGCAUUAGGCCUCGACUUAAGCUUUGUCUCGCAUGUGUUUCUAAUGGAACCAAUCUGGGACAGGAGCAUGGAGCAACAGGUGAUCAGUCGGGCUCAUCGAAUGGGCGCCACUCGCCCGAUUCAUGUCGAAACUCUGGCAAUGCGUGGAACAAUCGAAGAGCAAAUGGUGGAGUUCCUUGAGGGCACUAAUAACUCGGAGGACAUAGAAGAAGAAAUUGAUAGGCCAAACCAGGAGUUUGCAGAGUGCAACUAUUUGGCAAGGCUGACAUUCGUUCGCACGGCGUCUGCCUGCUAAAUCUUGAAAGAAGCAAGCAGCCUUUGAUAUUCCUCACUGUAACAUAGGGACUAUAGAUGUAGUGAUUGCAGGUUUUGCCUCUUCCCUAUUCUGUUUGUUGUAAGAUCACAAAAAGGAAAUGGUGAGAGUAACGCAGCAUUCGGCGGCCGGAGCCCUCAAACUCUCCGAAGAAUACAUCAAGACCAGACAGAAGAGGGUUGCAAUUUGUUUUUACAGGAGCAGAGCCUUGUUUCCCCGUGAUGAGGCAAAAUAUGAAGAAAUGACAGUUAGAAAGAGUGAGCCUUUACUUAACUAAUACCUGGCCUCUGAGACUGAGACAAAUUUUGCGUUGUGCACGUAAUGAGCUAAGCCUUCUUUCCCCAAGCUGACAGCUUGGUUUCUCGUCCUUGGGGACUUGGUACUGUUGAUACUCUAGCCCUUCGAGCUGCCUACUAGCAUAUUUCUAGCCAUGGUGGUCAACUGCAUGCAUGAUCAUUGAUUUGGUGAGCAUAGUUAGCAAGGCAAUUAGAUGCAUGAACCGCGUAUUGAAAUACUA